CUAUUUUAAAGAAUACAUCAUGUCUUAAUCUUAGCAUUGGCAUCUCUCUCCCCUGUGUUUUCCAUACUUCUAGCUGUCUCACACGCCUCAUGCCAAGCCUAGCUCUUUUUUAGUGUCAGUGAAUGUUUAUUAAGAAGGUGUCUGGUCUGAAACACCAAAAGAAAAACAGGACGGGAGGUCAGUGACAGACAGCCACCUCAUGAGUACACUACUCACCAUGCGUGACCACAAGGCUGAUCGAUAAUCAAUAACAUGCUAUCAUGUGUGGAUCUUAUGUCAUCUCCCGCCUCACAUCCCGCCGUGACACAUGAUUUUACUGUGUGUCAUCCUCAUAUUCAGUCCAAAGUUGGAGACUUUAUCCUUUUAUGACGCUUAUAUCUUCUUGUCUAGUCACAUAACGACAGAGAUAUAGAGGGAAAAGGGACAGACGGACGUAGGGAGUUAAACUUUAAAAGGUCGAGAGAGAGAGAGAGAGAGAGAGAGAGAGAGAGAGAGAGACAGAGAGAGAGAGUGAGAGAGAGAGAGAGAGAGAGAGACAGAGAGCGAGAGAGAGAGAGAGAGAGACAGGGAGAGAGAGAGAGCGAGAGAGAGAGAGAGAUACAGGGUGACUGAAUGAACAUAUUCAUUGUCACAAGGUAACGUAUCAGUCUUCACUGACAACAGUAGAGUGCGCAAACCACUAGCCUAAACAUGUCGGACCUGACCUUCGGAGAGCAGACUAACAGGAAUAAUCUGACGGAUCACCACAUGAGUGGAGAUGAACUUGUUUUCUUUGUAAAUGGAAAAAAGAUAACAGAGAAACAUGCUGAUCCAGAGAUGACACUGCUGACAUACCUCAGGAGAAAGUUGGGUUUGACAGGUACUAAGCUGGGCUGUGCAGAGGGAGGAUGUGGAGCCUGUACUGUGAUGCUCUCCAAAUAUCAGCCCCACCUCAGCAAAGUGCUUCACCACUCGGUGAAUGGGUGUCUGGCCCCUCUGUGUUCUCUCCAUCACUGUGCUGUCACCACAGUGGAAGGCAUCGGCAGCGUGGCAGGGAAACUCCACCCCGUACAGGAGCGUAUCGCUAAGUCUCAUGGUUCUCAGUGUGGGUUCUGUACCCCAGGUAUCGUCAUGUCUAUGUAUGCUCUGCUCAGGAACAACCCUACACCCCGCAUGGCUGACAUAGAGGAGGCCUUCCAAGGGAAUCUGUGUCGCUGUACUGGUUACAGACCAAUUCUGGAGGGGUACAAGACGUUCACCAAAGAGAGGAGCUGUUGUGGUGGCAAAGGGAUGGAAAACGGCUGCUGCAUGACCAACAGAGUAGAGACCAAAGGGUACACUGACGAGAGUGUCAACGGAACCUCAGUGUUGCCUGCUCCUCUCUACAACCCAGCUGACUUCCUCCCCCUGGACCCCACUCAGGAGAUCAUCUUCCCACCAGAGCUGAUGUCCCUGUGUAAAGGCCAGUCCUCUCAACAGCUGAGGUUCAGAGGGGAGAGGGUUCUGUGGCUUCAACCAGCUUCUCUGGAUCAACUUCUAGAGCUUAAGACUCAGUACCCCAACGCCAAGAUGGUGGUUGGUAACACGGAAGUCGGUAUUGAGAUGAAGUUUAAGAACCUGUUGUAUCCUGUUAUUCUGGCCCCGGGAUACAUCCCCGAGCUCAACACCAUACAGCACACUGACGAGGGUAUAGUAUUUGGAGCGUCCUGUUCCCUGACCCUGCUGGGUGAUGUGCUGAAGGCUGCGGUGGGUAAACUGCCCCCCUACCAGACUGAAGUCUUCAACGCUGUGCUGGAGCAACUUCGCUGGUUCGCUGGACUACAGAUACGCAACGUGGCAGCCAUUGGAGGUAACAUCAUGACUGCCAGCCCCAUCUCUGACCUCAACCCUGUCUUUAUGGCUUCUGGCUGCAAGCUCACGCUCAUGUCCAAAGGUGGUGAGCGUGUGGUUGUGAUGGAUGAGAAGUUCUUCCCAGGUUACAGAAAGACCAUCCUGACACCUGAGGAGGUUCUUCUAUGUGUUCUGAUCCCGUACACCAAGAAGGGUCAGUACUUUGCUGCCUAUAAGCAGUCUCCUCGUCGUGAGGAUGACAUCAGCAUUGUGACGUCAGGGAUGAGUGUGACAUUCGCCGAGGGGUCAACCGUCGUCAAGCACCUGGCCCUUAGUUACGGAGGGAUGGCUGCUACUACUGUCAUGGCUAAGAACACAGCCAGUAGACUUCUGGGAAAACAGUGGGGGGAAGAGCUUCUGCAGGAUGCUUGUUCCUCAUUGGCUGAGGAGAUGACCCUUAACCCCUCUGCGCCGGGUGGCAUGGUGACCUACCGACGGACUCUGACCCUCAGCCUGUUUUACAAGUUUUACCUGACUGUACAACAGAAACUGGUCAGUGAGGGUGCAUAUAUAGAGGGUGUCAGAGCUGACUACAUCAGUGCUACAGAGAUCUACCACCAGACGUCUCCCUCCAGUGUCCAGAUUUUCCAGGCGGUUCCAGACGGUCAGAAGGAGGAGGACGUGGUGGGCCGUCCUAUGAUGCACCUCUCAGCCAUGAAGCAGGCGACGGGCGAGGCGGUUUACUGUGACGACAUCCCUCUCUACGAGAACGAACUGUACCUCUGUCUUAUAACCAGCACCAAGGCCCACGCAAAAUUACAGUCUAUAGAUGCAGCGGAGGCAGAGAGUAUGCCAGGUGUGGUGACGUGUGUGUUCGCCAAGGACAUCCCUGGCAGCAACAUGACAGGACCUAUCGUCUACGACGAGACUGUCCUCGCUGAUGACACGGUGACGUGUGUGGGCCACAUCAUAGGAGCGGUAGUAGCAGACACUCAGGCUCACGCUCAGAGAGCAGCCAAGGCCGUGAAGAUCACCUACCAGGAACUACAGCCUGUAAUCAUCACCAUACAGGACGCCAUUACCCAUCAGUCCUUCUUCCAGCCGGUUAGAACCAUCCAGAGGGGAGACCUGGACCAAGGGUUCACACAGGCUGACCACAUCCUGGAGGGUGAGAUGCAUAUGGGAGGCCAGGAACACUUCUACCUGGAGACCAACGUUACUGUAGCUGUACCUAAAGGAGAGGAUGGAGAGAUGGAGCUGUUUGUCUCUACUCAGUCUGCUACCAAGACCCAGUCUCUGGUUGCUAAGGCGUUGGGUGUCCCGGCCAGUAGAGUGGUGAUCAGAGUGAAGAGGAUGGGAGGAGGAUUCGGAGGGAAGGAGAGCAGGUCAACCAUCCUGUCUACCAUGGUUGCUGUGGCUGCUCAGAAGUUGAAGAGGCCAGUGAGAUGUAUGUUGGAUAGAGAUGAAGACAUGCUGGUGACGGGAGGACGACACCCCUUCUAUGGACGUUACAAGGUGGGCUUUAUGAAGUCAGGUAAAGUGGUGGCUCUGGAAGUGACCUACUACAGCAACGCAGGCAACUCCAUGGACCUCUCUCUCUCAAUCAUGGAGCGUGCGUUGUUCCACAUGGAGAACUCUUACAGCAUCGCUAACAUUAGAGGGCGUGGCUACGUAUGUAAGACACACCUCCCGUCCAACACGGCCUUCCGAGGGUUUGGCGGGCCACAAGGAAUGUUGAUUGCUGAGAGUUGGAUGAGUGACGUAGCUCUGAGCCUCGGGCUGCCCGCCGAACAGGUACGUCGUCUGAACAUGUACAUCCAGGGAGAGAGGACCCCUUACAGCCAGAUCCUGGAUCACAUCACUCUGGACCGCUGCUGGGACCAAUGUCUGGAGAUAUCAUCCUUCACCCAACGUAGAGCUGGAAUAGAGACAUACAACAGGGACCACCGUUGGACUAAGCGAGGGCUGUCUGUCGUCCCCACCAAGUUUGGCAUCAGCUUCACCGCUGCCUUCCUUAACCAGGCCGGUGCAUUGGCUCAUAUUUACACAGACGGCUCCGUGCUGUUGACUCACGGAGGGACUGAGAUGGGACAGGGUCUAAACACCAAGAUGGUGCAGGUGGCCAGUAGGACCCUGGGUAUCCCCAGCAGUAAGAUCCACAUCACAGAGACCAGCACCAACACUGUUCCCAACACCAGCCCUACUGCUGCCUCUGCCUCCUCCGACCUCAACGGAGCCGCUGUGCAUAAUGCGUGUGAGAUCCUACUCCACCGUCUAGAACCCUACAAGACCAAGAAUCCUAAAGGAUGCUGGGAGGACUGGGUGAACGCUGCCUACUUUGACCGGGUUAAUCUGUCUGCUAAUGGAUUCUACAAGACGCCAGACCUUGGUUAUGACUUUGAGACCAACACAGGUCGUGCUUUCAACUACUUCAGUUAUGGAGUGGCCUGCUCUGAGGUGGAGAUAGACUGUCUGACCGGCAGCCACAAGAACAUUCAUACGUCCAUCGUCAUAGAUGUGGGGAAUAGUCUGAACCCAGCUCUGGACAUAGGACAGGUAGAGGGGGGCUUUAUGCAGGGUGUGGGUCUGUACACCCUGGAGGAGCUGAAGUAUUCUCCCGAGGGAUACCUGUUCACACGAGGACCAGGCAUGUACAAGAUCCCCGCCUUUGGAGACAUCCCCACUGACCUCACAGUGUCUCUGCUCCGAGACGCCCCCAACGACAAGGCCAUCUUCUCCUCCAAGGCGAUAGGUGAGCCUCCUCUCUUCCUUGCGGCCUCUGUGUUUUUUGCCAUCAAAGAUGCCAUCACCGCUGCCAGGAAGGAGUCAGGCCUUAGUGGGCCCUUCAGAUUGGACAGCCCGGCCACACCUGAGAGGAUACGUAACGCCUGCGAGGAUCGCUUCACCAAACUGUGCCCCCCUGCAGAGCCAGGCACCUUCACUCCAUGGGCUGUCGUAGUGUAAGACUAACAGAACUAGAGAGAGAAGAAAUGCAGAGGAGAGAGAGAAGAGGGGAGAGACGGAGGGGGAAAAGAAUAGGACAGCAAGCAGAGAGAGAAGGUUAAUAUGUUCCAAAAUUAUGCCAUUCAAUUCCUUUGUCUCAGUCUGAGGAAAUGGCUCUUCUAAUCAGUUUGGAAUGGAGACAUCAGUUUGGAACUCUUACCCUAACUCUCACCUGUCCACUAGUUUUAGAUCAGUGAAGAGGAAGAGACUAUUAAAGAUGAAGCCCAGAUCUGAAGCCUACCUGGCUAUCAGCACUUUGACCUAGGAAGCAGUCCUAGUCCGGUUCCCCACAUAGCCACCAUGGUGCGUUCCGAAAUAGGUCAGGGGGCCACAGAUUCUGAUUGGAGGAAAGUGUCGCUGAGGCCGCGGGAACAGACCAAUCACACACCACUGUAUAACUGUUGAUUAUCUUUUUCAAGGGAUGUCAAUCAUUUUCAGACAUCACUGCAUAUCAUAUACAAAUGACGUAUGAUCAAUUCAAUAUCUGUAAUGAUGCCUGUUAUAUACCUUUAUCCAAUAAGUCAACAUCUUGAAUUUGUGUGUAAAAGAGCUGAUACGUGUGUUUAAAUUAAUAUAAUUUCCUAAAUGUAUGAUAUUUUAUACAAUUUAUUUUAAUAUGCCUUUUACUAGCAGAACAUUUUAUUUUAUUUAGUGGUUAUGUUGAGUAAUGGAGUUUUAUAGGAAUCAUUUGUUUAAUUUGUUUUAUGUGUAAUCUCAGGUUUUAGUAAAACAGCACCAUCUGGUGGCCGGUAGUGUGUCUGCUGUGCUACUGUUUUCAAUUCAACUUAGUUAAAUACUACUUGACUGACACAGAAUAACUCAAUUACAUCAACUACUUGAUAAGACCAAGACAAAAAAUUAAAAGAGACUAUCAAGCAUUGGUGUAAUUGAAGAAUCAGCUUUAUUUUACGUUUCAAUAAUGUACAGAGUUUGUCUGUUGAAUAAACAUAGAUUUCCAAUCCUC